AUGGAAGCGACGUUAAAACGAGACGGGUCACCAAGUCUUGCCAUAUUAUAUUCGGCCGAAAAGGGAAUUCGAGACGGCCCGCAGAGAAUCGGAAUCAAUCUUGUAGCCAUCACGCUUUAUCAAUUCCUCGGCCAUCAUUUCCCUUUUGGAGCUUGCACUUCUGCCAGCCGGCUUCAUCAAGAUUGUGUAGCCGAGUUGUAG